CAAUCGGUGAAUCGGUCUCUAUGGAAACUACAGUGACAGUUCUCAGGCGGAGACCCGAAAACAGCCGUCGGUCGGCCUUUUUCGCUCUCAGGGUGGAUUCUCAGGUAUCGGGUUGCGAUGGAUUGAGGAUCUGAGUACGGGAGAUGUUGUCGCCGACCGACGGAGUGGGUGAUGCGGCCGCGGAAGAGGCCGUCGACCCCAGAGUGCAGGUUGAGUUGGAGAAGCUGAACUCGGCCACGGAUGAAAUCAACAAGCUGGAAGUGGACCUUGACGAGGCGAGGGCUGCGUUCCGGCACCUGCUGAUGGAGUCGACCCGACGCAUCGACGAGUUGGCCAAGAAACUAGGGUCGUGCGUAGAGCGUGCUAGACCAUACUACGAGGCUCGACUCAGAGCCAAGGAGGCCCUUCAAGAGGCCCAAGCAGCUGCUGUUCGUUUUGAGCGAGCAAACUCGGCCCACUCGGCAGCUAAGGAAAUGGUCUUCCUCGCUGAAGAGGGCCUUAAGGCCGAAGGUCGUACUUUUGACCAUGCAUGGCAGGAGAUGCUGAACCAUGCAACAAUGCGCGUGAACGAAAGCGAAAGUGAAAGGACCCUUAGUGAGGCUGAGCACCGACGCACCUCUCAGCGCUAUCAGGAGGCCGAGCAGCGCGUUCAGUACCUGCAGAAGGAGCUGAAACGCACCAUUGCCAAGUCGAGGCCUUACUUUGAGACAAAAGCACAAACCAACCUGGUCCUGGAGACUCAAAAGACGCGCGUCAAGGCUCUCGAGAAACAGGUGGCGCAGUCAAAGUUAUGUUACUCACGAGCCUUGGGAAACCUUGAGAAGAUCAGUGACGAGAUCCACCAGAUCAGACGCGAGUCACAGUGCAAUGGAGAACGUGGCUCUGGGGUUGGCGCUGAGUGCUCCCGUCCGUGCACUCCAGCCAAGAGCAAGCAAAACAACAGCAGUGACGUUGCCCCUGUUCCAAACUCCAACAUUUCAAUGGUUUCGUCAGACCCACCUGUGGUCCCUGAUCGUCAGAAAUCUGUGAUGGAUGAGCCAUCGUCAGAGCGACGCGUACGUGACCUGCUUAGCCAGGGAAUGAUGAUGCUCAAUAUCAACGCACCACAUUCACCUGCCCAUGGCACACCAGGAAGGCGGCGGAGCUCGAGUUCAAGACCUUGCAGCAAAGUGCCAUCACCACUGGAGAAGUCACUUUUCUACCUGGCCGACGACGACAGCGCCUCUGACAACGAGAGUCUUGCUAGUGUGGAGAUGUUGUCAGAUGAGCAGGUGGCAUCUUUGAUGUAUGACGACCUAGACGAAGACCCAUUGCUAGGUCUGCCAGUGAGUCAAAGCGUUCCAGCCAGCAGCAGACCACCCUCCUCUCUCAGCCGGACCACUUGAUCUAAAAAAGAACUGAACCCGCAUGAAUCUCUCUAGUCGCUGCAAAAAGUGAUCCUUUUUUGUUCAAAUAUUUCAAACUGCAAUAAGUUUGUUUUGUUGAUGUUAUUGCAAUAAAUAUGAUGCUACAAAA